AUGUCUGGCAGCUGCUGUUCCAGGAAAUGCCCCUCCUUGCCAGCCAUCACUCUCUGCUCCAGAGAGGUGAGCUGCGUAAGGCCCAUCUGCUUGCCCAGUUCCUGUGGGAGCCAGACGUGGCAACUGGUGACUUGUCAAGAUGGCUGUGGAUCAUCUAGCUGUGGCCCCCAGUGCUGUCAGCUCUCCGGUCCUGUGAGUACCUGUGCCCAGCCUGUGUGCUGUGAGGCCACAAUCUGUGAGCCUUCCUGCUCUGUGAGUACCUGUGCCCAGCCUGUGUGCUAUGAAGCCACGAUCUGUGAGCCCUCCUGCUCCGUGAGUACCUGUGCCCAGCCUGUGUGCUGUGAGGCCACGAUCUGUGAGCCCUCCUGCUCUGUGAGUACCUGUGCCCAGCCUGUGUGCUGUGAAGCUACUCCUUGUGAACCUUCUUGCUCCAUAAGCAGUUGCUGCCAACCUGUGUGCUGUGAGGAUACCUCCUGCCAAGCAGUCCUUUGUGUGCCCACUUCCUGCCAGCCAGUCAUCUGUGAACCCAGCUGCUGCCAGCCAGUCGUCUGCGAGUCCAGCUGCUGCACUGAGCCUAGUUCCUGCCAACCAGUGGUCUGUGAGCCUGCUUGCUGUCAGCCCAUCUGCCCAGUGCCCAGCUGCUAUCCAUCUGUCUGCUCCACGACCAGUAGCUGCCAGCCCAUCUGCUGUGACCCCAGCACUUGUGAACCAUCUUGCUCGCAGGCCAGCAUCUGUCAGCCAGAUACCUGUGUGGCCCUGGUCUGUCAGCCCAUUUGCCUCCGCCCUGUCUGCUGUGUUUCAAGCCCUUGUGAGCCAUCUUGUGUCUCCAGCACCUGCCAAGAGCCCUCUUGUUGUGUCUCCAGUAUCUGCCAACCCAUCUGCUCUGAAACCAGCCCCUGCUCACAGAACAUCUGUGUGCCUACCCCAUGCCAAUCUACCUGCCAUGUAGUCAAGCGCUGUCGGUCCAUCUGCUGUGAGCCUGUUUCCUGCACUUCCACCCCCUGCCAACCUCCUUGCUGCCGCCCUGGGUCUUCUGCCUCUGUCAUCUGUCAACCAAUUCGUUCUCGGCCCACUUUCUACAUACCCAGUUCCUGCAAGAAGCCUCGCAGUACUUCAAUUUCCUGCCGUCCACUUUGCCGCUCAAUCUACUCUGGUCCUAUCGGCUACAGGCAGCCAUAUGUGACAUCUAUCCCCUACCGUCCUGCCUGCUACCGUCCUUGUUACUCCAUCUUACACCGCCCAGCCUAUGUCACUUCUAUCUCUUAUCGCCCACUCUGCUCCCGCAUACCUUGUGCUGAGUCUGACUCCUGCAAACGGGAUCGUAAUAAGUCCACUUCCAGCCAACCGGAUUGUGCUGACUCAACCCCUUGCAAGGAGGAUGUCUCAGAGGUGAAUCCCUGCCUGCCCACUGCUACCAAACCCACCAGCUCGACCACCUGUGAGGCUGCAGCCAGCCAGCCUUCUGCCAGCAAGCCUGCUGACUCCUGA